AUGGCAAAUCAAGUUAUAGUUGGAGCUCUAUUUCAGGAAGGAACCUCUCAAGUGAGACCACCCUACUUCAAUGGACAACACUUCUCCCACUGGAAAAUCCGCAUGGAAAUCAUCACCAAAGCAUACAAUGUCAAAGUAUGGAGAGUUAUCAAAAAGGGGAACUACCCACUGCCUGCCAGCACACCACCGCUUGCUGACCCUGAUGAUAUAGAAUCAUACUCAAAGGAACAAUUGGAAGCUGUUCAAAUAAACCACAAGGCAAGUAAUCUGCUUCAUAAUGCAAUAAGUGGUGAAGAACAUGAAAAGAUUUCCAGUUGUGAUACUGCUAAUGAAAUGUGGGAUAAACUCGAAGUCACCUAUGAAGGUACCAGCAAGGUAAAGGAAACCCACAUAAAUAUGCUAGUUCACGACUAUGAAUUAUUCUCAGUGAAGGAAGGAGAAUCCAUUGAAGAAAUGUUUGCCCGGUUCUGUAAAAUAAUCAGCGACUUAAAAGCUUUUGGCAAACCAUACUCCAGUGGCGAUCAAGUUAGGAAAAUUCUCAGAAGUCUACCAACCAUCUGGCGGACGAAAGUCGUCACCUUGGAAUCUCAAGAUCUUAAUAAGUUAUCAUAUGAUGAACUGAGAGGAGAGCUCAUUGCUUUCAAAAGAACACAUUUGAAGAAGACAAAUCAAGAGGAGAAGAAGAAAACUAUUGCAUUCAAAGCUACUACUGAAGCUGCUGAAAAUGAAAUUGAUGAUCCUGAAACUCUACAAGAGGAAAUCGCUAUGAUGUCUAGAAACAUGGAUGGAUUAAUGAGAAGAAAUAGAAAUACAAAGAUAGGAAGAUUUUCACCAAGAAGAUCUAGACAAUACAAUGAACAAGAUAAGAACGAUGGAAAAUGCUAUGAAUGUGGAAAGUUUGGACACAUCCAAGCAGAGUGUCCGGAACUAAAGAAAAAGAUCUCCAGAGGAUUCAACAAAAACAGAUCAUUUGGAAGAUGCUGGACAGAUGAAGACGAUUCAGACAAUGAAAGCUGCUUUAUGGCAAAAGGAGAAACUAGCGAGGUAAGACUUUAUGAAUGUGAAAGACGCAAAGAAUUACAAGACAUUCUUGACUCCACCCUAAAGGAGUCUCAGAAGAUGAUGAAUGAACUCAAGAGACUUACCAGGGAAGUCAAAGACUGGAAUCUCAAACAUGAAAUGACUUACAAGUCAACUGGUAAAGAACCAAUCAGAACUAGAUCGACUAGUCGAUCGAACCAGUCGACUUACAAGUCAACUGGAAAGGAAUCAGCAAAUCCUACGACUGCUAAUUCCAACUCGUAUGAAAGACCUGAAGACAGGAACACCACAGAAUAA